UGCAGAAUUUUAAUAAAAUCUCUGCAGAAAUGGCAAAAAAAGUCCGCAGACUCUGUCUGGCCCUACUAAUGAAGAACAGUUAAACCGUGACACCGGAGUCCGGGGCUGUUGAUGGGCGCUGCUGUCGCCUCUAGGUCAAGCUCUUUGUCCUGACGGCGCUAGCGGUUUCUCUUUUUCACACUUCCUGGUUCCGGUAAGCGAAACAGCGUAUCACAACAUCCGGUUUCAAUGCAAUAAUGUAGUAAGGAGAAAUGGCGUCGUCUCGUCGCUGUUAUUGCAGCGUUCCCGGCUGCUCAAACUCAAAAAAACGUCACCCUUACCUCAGUUUCCACGAUUUCCCGAAAGAUGAAGGACAGAGGAAGUCAUGGGACAUUUGGAUGCUGCUGCUCAAAGAAUCAGAGAGCUAGAGGCCAAGGUCAGACAGUUACAAGUCCAACUCCGUGAUCUAUCCGCCUCAAAAUUACACAUUAACAGAUACUGCGCAACUGAUGAGGACUUUAGAUUUUACACUCGGUUCCCAUCUGAGAAAGUAUUCUGGAUAUUUUGGGAAUCAGUUGCCCCAUCAGCCUCCAGAUUAGCGUACUGGAGUAAAGCACAGAUAAACACUGGUGCUGUUGAAAAUCCAGGUUCAAACCGUAAACUUGCGCUUGUGGAUGAGCUGUUCCUGUACUGCUGUCGUGUUGCUGCUGGCCUAAAAGAGAAGGUUAUAGCAGACAUUUUUGGCAUCAGCACCGCCACUGUUAGCAGAGUGAUCAUCACAUGGGCCAACUAUUUAUACCUUGUCUUGGGGUCACUGCCUAUCUGGAUGUCAAGGGAACAGGUCAAAGCACUGAUGCCAGCUAAAUUCGCAGAACACUGUCCAGAUCUGAGAGUGAUUGUGGACUGCACAGAAAUUAGAUGCGAAUCUCCAUCAUCGCUUGCAUUACAGUCUGAAACGCUUUCAGUCUACAAAAAUCACACCACUUUCAAGGCUCUCAUAGGUAUUGCCCCAUGUGGUGUGAUCACCUUCGUUUCCAAGCUCUUCACCGGGUCCAUAUCUGACCAAGAAAUAACCAAGCAGUGUGGAAUUCUCCAGUUACUUGAGCCUGGAGAUGCAUGCAUGGCCAAUAAAGGCUUCGACAUCGAUCAGAUGCUGUCAGAUGUUGGUGCAUGCCUCAUCAUCCCUCCAUUCGAAAGAGGUGCAUGCUUCAGCAAGGAGAACACAGAAAAAACACAAAGCAUUGCUCGUCUAAGAAUACUGGUAGAUAGAGCUAUCAGGAGAAUAAAGGAGUACCAUAUCUGGGACACAGCCGUUCCUCUUGCACUUUCAGGUUCUGUUAAUCAGCUAUGGACAACCUGCUGUUUAAUGUCCAAUUUCCAAUAUCCACUAGAUACAGAAGACCACAUCUGUGUGUAAAUAAUCAAGUGGACAAAGGUGAACUCCAUUAAGAAAUGUUUAUUGGAUUGUGUUUCACAAUAUAAAUCAGUUGUGUAGAAGAAUAGAUUGUUUAAUAGUUGCAUUAAAAAAUUUACACAUAUGCAAUAUCGUAUAUAUACACUCACACACGAACGUGUCUACAAUCUACAUAUGCACACACACUACAAUAAUAUACAGCUCUGUCCCAUUUUCAAUGAAUAAAACCAACUCAAAUAGACAACAA